AUGUUAAAAUCGCCACCAAAAAUAUCGAAUAAACGGAAAACACCCUCACGUUUCAAUUCUGAUAUACGCAAAUUGUGUUCUGAAGAAGGCUUAGCGCCUGACGAAUUUACAGCACACAAUGUAAAGCAACGAACAAAACGCCGAUAUCCAUCAGGCGCUGGAGCUCCUGAAUUUCUAGAGGAGUUAACCACAAUUAAGAGCGAUAUAACAAACAAUAUCAAAAGCAUGAUCAAAGAGUUGUUGUCUGCACAAACUUCAAGGAUGGACAAAUUAGAAAAUUAUUUAUUAGAUAUUAAAAACCAAAACUCAAAAAUAGAAAAUACCAACACCGACAUAGAAAAGUCCAUGAACUUUAUAUCUGAACAAAUAACUUCGCUGGAGUUUAAAAUUACUAACCUGGAACACCACCGUGGCUAA